AUGGCGCUGAUUACGUAUCUCGGGACGCGGACGGCGGCGGUGGCUGGCCUGGUGGGGCUGGUUAUGGGAACGCAGAUGCCGCCGCAGGCGACGGAUGUGCGGCUGGUGGCACUGCGGCUGGUGCUGGCGGCAUGCGAGUGCACCUGCCCGCCGUCACGGGCCUGUGCCUGCCCGGAUCAGCUGCGGGUGGCGCUGUCUACGAAUGAGGUGCUUGAUGAGCUCAUCGGCUGGCUGGUUGAUGAGGCGGCACACAUAGACGGCGGUGCUGAUAGAGCAGAUGAGGGUGGGGGCGCGGCGGAAGCGGUGAUCCGGGAUCCGCUUCCUGGCUUGGUGAUGGUGGUCGACGUGCUGCUGCGGACCAAGACGCGGCGGGUGUUGUCGUACAUCCGCGCGCGCGGCGAGCGGUGGUUUGCCGGCCUUUUCGCGUACAUGGAGCGCAAACCUGUCGUGGCGCAGUCGCUCCUUGAGGCCGUCAUUCAUGUGGCCGAGAGCGGGCGGGCUGAGGGGCGGCGGGCAUGCGUCUCGUUCCUGGAGUGGCUCUCCUCGCUCUCCCUCCUCGACAUCAUGAUUGAGGAGCUCGAACAUCUCAAUCUGUGGUCGUCACUGGUCAUGGUUAUGGACGAUGCGACGCUGGGUCUGGAUGACGGUGUCGAGGGCAAGAGCAGUGAGCCGCCGGCCGGUGCCUACGUUGCCGCCAUCACCGUUUCGGACACCGCCGUCGAUGCGACCGCUCUCGCGGCUGCGCGUCGAGACGGCAUUGACGGCAUUGCCUAUGGCAGACGCGGUGCCACAGCGGCUGCGGUUCGGCGAAAACCCCCGUCGCCGCUGCUGACGCCGCUGCGGUCGCCGACGGUGGCAUCGCGUCUGAUCGCGCACGUUGUCGCUGGACUUGCUGAGUGCUCAUCGGCCGAUGUGCCGGACUACGAGGCGGCGGCGCGUGUGGAGAACAUGCUGGCGAUGGCGACUCACCUCGUUGAGCUGGUAGGUCGAGUUGCGCGCCUCGAUGCAGCCGACUCGUCCGGGGCAGCGGCAGACAUGGCGAUUCCGCCGGUGGUGGCCGAAAUUCAAGACGUGCUCCCCGAGCUGGGCAACGCGAUCCGCGCACCGCUGGGGCGCGAGCCGCCGGUCAUGCGAACGACCGAGUACAAGGCCUUGGCCUUUGUCUUGGCAGUGACCCGGCUUGGACUGAGGGUGAUCAACACAGGCGUGCUGUACUCGGCGGUGCCCGAGGCUGCGCUAGACCUUGUCCUCGCGCUUCCGCUCGCCAACUGCGUCCACACGCUUGCCCUGGAGCUCUUGCUUCAGCUUGCGCAGCUCCCCGGCGCCGUCACUUACCUCCGAGACGGGCUAGGAUUUGGCGAUCGAGUUGCUGCCGUUGUUAUUCGCGAUGCCGAGCGGGUAGGUGUGUCCAUGGCCGAGCGAUCUGCCAACAUUGCCUUUCUCAUCCACAUCAUGACCUUGCUCGAGCUGGAUCUCCUAGACGAGCCGUCGUCGCUCGUCCAAGAGGCGCUGGUCAUCCGCUCUCUCUCGCAUAGCUUUGGGACCUCGUUUGAGCUUCCAGUCCACCUGCGUGCGGUGCCGCACCUUGCCAACAUCGCCGACCUCGCCCAUGAGCCCCUGCUGCCCGUCUUCGCCGACCUCGCCAAGCUCGCCAAGUUCGGAAUACUCGCCAACUGA